AUGCCGACAGACAAGGAGAGUCGUUCGAAUCUACGCCGACUCCGUAGUCGCCCGGUAUGCAUCAUCUGCGGCCGACCGGCAGAAGCACAGCAGAUUGCGCGGGCUCUUGGCAUCGACGACGAAAAGCACCGGCUCAGCGGCCAUGACGUGUCCAUGGUAAGAGACGGCCACACAUUCCACUUGGGCGAAUUCAAACUACCGUCCGGGGAUAUCCUGAAGUACUACAUUACGAGUUCCUUGCGCCAGGGAAUCCAGUCCUUUGCCGUCAGCGCGGCCAUACUCUUCAACACGCUUUCUCCUCGGUUUGUAUUGCACGCGGGCGUCUGCGCCGGCUUCGACGACCCCACGGGGAAAUUGGGGCUGGCGCUGCGCGAUGUAGUAUUUGGCGAAGCGGCCAUCAACUAUGAAGAGGGCAAGUGGGAGGCGCAAGGACCCGGCGGCAAUGCGGUAUUCCUGCCGGACUACAAACCGGUCGCUGUCGAGGCCGGAGACAUGCAGGGGUUUACCAAGUCGCACAAACGGCACGGUAUUCGUUACGGCGAGUACAUAUCCGGGUCUUCGGUCCGAGGCGACGCCGCGCAGGUAUUUGAGAAGAUUCGAUCGUCGGUUGGCCGAAACGCCAUCGCCCUCGACAUGGAAGCGAGCGCGUUCAUCCAGCUCUGCAAACAUUUCGAGCCAAAGGGUCCCAUUUGCCUAGGUGUGGUGAAGGGAAUCUCUGAUUUUGGGGAUUCCAAGAAAGGGGAAGACACGUCUGCCGACUCUGACGCCCUGAACAAUACGGCCGUUGCCAUAAAGGAUUGGCUCACUCAUAGAAUUCCCAACACGAGGUGGGAAGUUGAUGAGAGCGAUGAACCUGGUGCCAAGUUAGUGUCCGGGUAUUACGAGAACUUUGUCCGCCGUGUGAUAGACAAUUACCUGGAAGGGCUACCGAUUGCGUAUAGACACCGGCCCGAGGUUGCGAUACCUGCCAGCGAGAUCAAGGGCUUCAUUUCGGUGCUACCGAAAGACCAAGACCCACAGUUUGUCAAGGAAAUCGGCCAGAUCCAACGGACAAUAUUGGAAUAUGGUGUAGAGGAGAUCAACAUUGGAACUAAUGCUGCCCAGCGAUACGUUCAUUACAAGGGAGGGUUCUUCCUUGACUGGUGCCGCACCGUAAAUAGUCUUGUUGACGAGGAAGACGCCGAGUAUCAAGUUGGCGUCUUUGGGAGAACCUUGCGAAAGCAGGCGUAUUACAAGCAGGCUGAAGCCAAGGGUCCUCUGGCGCAGGUUCUUCCAUGGGAAGAGGCGAUGCACUUGCUAACCGACCUGAAGAAUGACACGCGGAGCAUUCCUCGGCCAGAUGUAGAACUUGUUGGAAAGAGAUAUGAAGAAACAUUGCCCCGGGCUAAAACACCGAGAGGCUCUGCUAUGACAAAGACGGAGCGAAAGUCGUCGGUCUCUCAGCUAUUCGCGUUUGGAAGAUUUCGUCGACACCAUAAGCCUAGUGGCAAGGAACAGGAGGCAGCAGUGAGCCCUCUUCCAGUAGUUGGCUGCAAAUGA